UUCCCCCAUCGCCAUUUUGAGUUUCGGCAGUGUCGGUGUAGUGGCGGAAGUGCCGCUAUCAAUCAGCUGUAAUUGUUGUCCGUGUGUUUAUUUGCUGAUAAGGUUACAAUUUGGAACAUCAGGUUUUGUAAAAUGCCGUCCUCACCGCUUCGAGUGGCUGUGGUGUGUUCUAGUAACCAGAACCGUAGUAUGGAAGCGCAUAAUAUCCUCAGCAAACGAUCAUUUAAUGUCAGAUCCUUUGGAACUGGAACACAUGUGAAACUUCCCGGACCAGCGCCAGACAAACCUAAUGUUUACGAUUUCAAAACCACAUAUGAACAGAUGUACAAUGAUCUACUUAAGAAAGACAAAGAACUAUAUACACAGAAUGGAAUUUUGCACAUGUUGGACAGAAACAAAAGGAUCAAGCCACGACCAGAGAGAUUUCAGAACUGUAAAGACCAUUUUGACCUUGUUAUUACAUGCGAGGAAAGAGUUUACGAUCAAGUAGUAGAAGAUUUAAAUUCACGAGAGCAAGAGACAUGUCAGCCAGUGCACGUAAUAAAUGUUGAUAUUCAAGACAACCACGAAGAAGCAACUUUAGGCGCAUUUUUAAUAUGUGAACUUUGCCAAUGUAUACAACAUACAGAAGACAUGGAAAAUGAGAUAGAUGAACUACUUCAAGAGUUCGAAGACAAAAGUGCACGGACCUUUCUUCACACUAUUUGCUUUUAUUGAUGAAAAUCCUCUCAGGCCUUAUUAAAGAUUCUUGCAUUUCUGACUCAAACCUUUUCAUUUUUUUUUAUUUUUUUUUUCUCCCUCCAAAGUGUUUCAUUCAUUCAGGUAUUCUGUCCAGAAAGGCAGGGAUGUAUAAACUGUGUAUAUAUGGAAAAGAAAAUAUAGACUAUGACCGAUAUUAAAAAGAAAAUCAAGAUGACCUAAAUUGUGCUGGAUAAAGUAUUAUUUUAAUUUUUUAUAUAUAUAUAUACUAAUUUUCCACACAAGGAUUCUUCUGUUGUGGUUCCGUUUUGCUUUUUUUUGUUUUUUUUAAAUAUAUAUAUAUAUAUAUAUAUAUAUAUAUAUAUAUAUAUAUAUAUAUAACCCCUUGACUGACAGAAGAAAUAGGAAACAUUAUUAAUGGACCUGCUGUCAGUUUAGGGGUUAGUGAUACUGACUUAAAAUGCUGUAAUAGCAGACCUGCAAAUAUGAAUAUUAAUAUCUGUAAUAUAAUAGGUAAUAAAUUGGAACUUUGUCCAAGAACAUUGUUUGUACUUUUUUUUUCCUGACAAUAUUUCAACUGUUAUUAAACAACUGUUUAUUUUA